AAAAACUUAACAAGCAGGAAGACGGAACAAAAGAAAAAAGAGCUGAAACCCCCAAGUAUUGGACAUUUAAAUGGAGAAUGACAAGUGCUUACUCUUAUUAAGGCAUUCUUCACUCUUUAUGUCAUUCGACAGCCUAUUUGGAUUAACAGUACACUAUCAACUGAUCCGAUUGCAGCCAAUCGUUAAAGUUUCCUCUCUAUAGAAUUGCCGCACUUUGAUGCAUACAUUUAACUUUCAUAUCAGAGUAGGAUAAGAUCAUAAUCAACUUGCCAGAUGCAUCGGUGGUUGAGUGGAUCAUUACAUAAUUUUGCGAAUUAUGACGACGAUUGCGGUUGAUUACAGUCUCAGGAUUUAAAUCGCUCCGGCUGGAAAUGCUUAUCAGAUUCACACUAAAAAUAUAAGAUGGAAUUAUACUAUUGGAUUAGAAUUGCCAAUUUGCUGAUUAUAUCUGGAUUUAUCCGAAUUGGGAGAACUCAGAAACAAGCUUUAAAUCUGGCAACUGUGACCCAUAGUUGUUCGUCGCAGUUUAAUAAAUAUUGCCAAGAAUUCAAAGCCCCUUCCGGCCAAGCAUUGAAAUUAUUCAACAGCGAGAAUCCCAACUCAACAUUAAACAAAAAAUAUCAGGUCUAUAUCAAAAAGAGUAUGUUCAACGUAAAGAAGUACAAUCCGCCAACAGUCGUCGAUAACAUUUUUUGUUACGACAAACCCUUUGGCAGUGGUAGACGGGGACGGAAUGAGAAACCUCCGGGAAUUAUUCCUUCUAAUACAAACACUAUCAUAUACUCCAGUACAGAGGUGGAUAAACAGAAGGAACCAGGGGCGAAGUUUAUACUACAGGUGGCUGGCUCACUCGGUAUACCAGUAAUUACCUUUCUGGAAUCUGCACUUAUAAGCAGCGAAAAAAAUCGUCUGCGAAUGUUAUCCAUCGCGCCAUCUAUCUACCAACAAGCUGAGAGUAUGCUUGAGAUUAUGAAGUGGUACAAAUGGUCUGCAUUCUCAGUAAUCACCGGAUCAGCCAGUGGGGAGGGCGACCUUAUCGCUGCCCUUCAGAAAAUAGUGGCAAAUAGUUUAGGUGACUGGCAUUAUGAAAUGUUAUCUCAUGCCAAACUACCCCAGGUUGGGCCCGAGGGAGCCUCCCUAGCAACAAAAAAGGAAAUUAGGAGAGUGUUAGAGGAGGACGUAAAGAAGACCGAUUCUAGGAUAUUGCUGCUACAUUGUACAACUGAUGAAGCAAUCGAAAUGUUCAAGAUUGCUAAAGAAGUUCAACUCAGUAGUAGCGAAUAUGUGUGGAUCAGUACAAGUGCAAUACAAGAGCAGCCUAAAAAGGAUGAGCCAAUUGACAGAAUACAAAGUUUUAAUGAUGAUUUCCCUAUUGGUUUGAUAGGAAUGUACUUUGAUACCCGUAACAAAGCUGUACAACAGGCCAUUGGUAUAGGAGUGCGUGUCUGGCUUCAGGCCCUUGAAAAUAUGCUUCACGACAGAGGAGAUAUGAGUAUGAAAUUCUUAAAGCCAAAUGUGUCUUGCAAUAUGGAACGCAGCAUAUUUUGGAAACAAGGAGAAAUUUUGUUUAACUACAUGAAAAACGUAAGUGUACCUGCCUUCAAUCGAUUAGAUGGCGAUACUCUACGAUACAAAGUUGAUAAUGAAAGAAAAAUAGAAUUCAACGAUGAUGGAACGCUCAAAGAAACUGAACUGCACAUUAUGAACCUAAAACCUAUGAUGGAUGGAAGCGAUCGAAGAGAAUGGAGAUCUGUUGGCCAUUGGAACAAUAAAGGUCUAGUAAUUGAUGACAUCACAUGGCCUAGCGGAGACAGCCAACCUCCGAUAGGGAAACCAUUAAAGUACAACCUUGAGGUUGUAAUGCUAGAGGAAGCUCCUUACGUAAAUUACUUGGAAAUGGACAACGUAACACAUCUUUGCCCACCCAAUUCUGUCAAAUGCAGAGUGGGCAAACUUAAUGAAACGCAGAACACUCCAAAUGCCACUCUCAAUAGCACGCUGUACAAAUGUUGCUCAGGAUUAUGUAUUGAUCUAUUGGAAAGACUGAAAAAAGAUCUUAACUUUGAGUAUAAUCUUUUUCAAGUAGAAGAUGCAAAAUGGGGAGCGUAUGAUAAUAGAAGCAAGAAGUGGAAUGGGCUGGUUCGUGCUUUAAUGGACGAAGAUGAAGAUUCGCCUAUAUCUAAUAACAAGCCACCCAAGGCGGAUCUAUCUAUGACAUCACUGAAAAUAACACCCGAGAGGAAUGCUUUCAUUGACUUUUCUGUACCAUUUUUAGAGACAGGAAUAACAAUCAUAGUAGCAGUGAGGGAUGGUGUGAUAUCCCCAACUGCAUUUCUGGAACCAUAUGACUAUCCGAGUUGGUGUCUCAUUCUGGUGUUUAGUGUCCAUGCGUCUGGUGCUGCCAUCUUUAUAUAUGAAUGGCUCAGCCCACAAGGCCUCGACCGAGGAAAUGCACCGAUCAGAGAGCACCAGUUCUCCCUGUUUAGAGCAUUCUGGCUUAUCUGGGCCAUGUUGUUUGGAGCAGCUGUGAACGUAGAUAAUCCAAGGGGUAUAGCUAGUCGCUUCAUGGCUAGUGUCUGGGCACUGUUUGCUGUUGUCUUCACCGCCAGUUAUACGGCUAACCUUGCUGCAUUCAUGAUAGCCAAGGAGGACUAUGAUAGACUUUCUGGGAUUCAGGAUUGGAGACUAAUGAAUCCGACGUCUCUGAAACCGCCAUUCAAAUUUGGAACCGUACCAGAUGGCAGCACAGAAGCAAACCUAAAGAAUCACCAUCCUAAAAUGUUUCAAUAUAUGAAAAACUUCAACGAAUCAACAGUUGGUCUCGGGAUACAAGCUGUAAAAACAGGAAAACUCAACGCAUUCCUCUAUGAUGCGACAGUAUUAGAAUAUAGAGCAGGGCAGGAUGAUAAGUGCAAGUUGAGAACUGUCGGAAAAUGGUAUGCCAUGACAGGCUAUGGAGUGGGUUUCCCAAGGAACUCCCCGUGGAAAGAUAAAUUCAAUACAUAUUUGCUGAAAUAUCAACAUGAUGGCGUCAUGGAGCGUCUGCGUCGGUUCUGGUUGGCUGGUGCAUGUGAUAAAACUGAGAAGAAGGGAAGAGAAGUUAGCAACCCCCUUGGUAUCCUCAAUUUUACCAGUGCCUUUAUUUUAUUAGGUAUAGGGAUGCUUCUGGGGUUUUUCAUUCUUAUCAUGGAGCACAUGUACUUCAAGUUCUUCCGUGCCAAAUUAAGACAAUGGGACACGUGUGGUUGUUGUGCUCUUGUCAGUUUGAGCAUGGGCAAAUCUCUAACCUUUGGUCAGACAGUUAUGGAAACAAUCCAAACGUACAGGUCAUUUAAAUGCAAGAAUCCAAUCUGUGAGACACAGAUGUGGAAGAUACGUCAUGAGCUUGACCUGGCACUGUUAAAGAAUGAAAGACUGCAGAAACAAUUGUCUAUUCAAGGAAUAGAACCAGAUAAAAGAGCUGUUUGGAAAUCUUCUCCUGAAGCAGAGCACAAAGCCAUAGAAAGUCAACCCAGAGAAAAAGACUUAGAGAGCCCCAAAAGGCCAUAUACACCAUUACAGUCAGAAUCUAACCCUACAGGGACUGCAAUACACCCUGGAGGGAGUCCUAUACAUGCAGGACUCCCUCAGGAAAGUGCAAAGACAGACAAUUCUCCCAAGUUCUAUCGCUCAAACUUAGAUGAAAAUUUCAGAAGGAGAAAUGUGAAUAAAAAUCUUCCAAAUUCGCCUGCACGGCAGCCAUUAAUACAGGACUCUCCCUAUUGGGAGGAAAAUGAGUCACAUGACUCUCGGCCAACUGCUGGACGGGCAACGUCGCCAUCCUUUGCUGACUUUAAAAGAUCUUCCUUAAAAGAUAGGCCUCCUACUCCCAAGUCCAAGCCAAAGAAAACACCCAGGCAAAGGUACAACAAUGGUAAUUAUUAUACGGAAGUGGAUGGGCGAGAGACUGUUGAUAGCCAUGAGACUGUAUUGUGAUGUCUUUAUAGAGUAUAGUAUAUUGUUAUGCAGCCCUUUCAAAGUAUAAAUUAUUUGUUCAUACAUAUAGGUUCCUUAAUACAUGUUUUGCUUUAUGUACAAGUUUCGUACCAAUAGCCAUGCUAUUUUUGUGAGAGUCGACAGUAUUUGUCUCCAGCAAUUUAUAGAUACAUCCAUGGAAUGUACAGUUGGGAAUAAAAUGACCUGAUUGUUAUCGUUAGUACAUAGUUCAUGUAGUUCAACUGUUGUUUUAGUGUCAUUAACAUUAUCUGAACAAGAAUAUACCAAUAUGAACCCAAAUAACUAGCCAUAAAGUCUGAAUUAUUGUAAUACUUGUAAUGUUUUUGUUGCUUGUUUCUGAACAUUGCAAAAUGUUUUAGCUGUAUAUCGGACCUGCUUCAUGAAUUACCAUGUAAACCAAAUAUACCCUUUACAAUGGUUAAAGGUAAGGAUUAAUUUUCAUUUUCAAUAUAAAGCCUAUUCAUGUAAUUCAUUGUUAGAGUCACAAUUGUGUAACAAAACCUUUUAAUUUGAAAACCUGUGUAGUACUGUACAUGAUCAGCCUACUUUAAUGUACUUUAUCUCAGUGUAUGCCAUUCUUCAUAACAAGGAAAAUAAAAAUGCAU